AUGGACCAGGUUCAGAAAAUUUUAACGGCCAUCUUGGCCGGCCUUGUGGUUCUAUUGGUUGUCAUGUACUUCCAAAGUGCCGGUUCUGCUACCCGUAAACUGAAGUCCAAACUUUACAAGCCUACUUUCCUCGUUUUAGGGCCCAAUGGUGGAGGAAAGACAGCGCUCUUUUUCCAAUUGCAAGAUGGUGAUGAAAAGUCCCAAGCAACCAUUUCAUCUCUUGAGCCGAAUAUUGGAUCCAUCUCGAUCCCAUUUUCGAACUCAAAAAUCCAAAAGGAAUACCAGCUUAUUGACUACCCAGGCCACUUGAAAUACUCGCAACUUUUACGCAAGUUGAUUGUUGAAGAUGUUACAGUUAGUAAACUAAAAGGUAUUGUCUAUAUGAUCGAUUCGUCAGACCAGUUUUUGUCGCAAGAAGGAAGACUUGCUUCUAUUGCUAAAGAUCUCUACAAUCUCUUGAGUAUUACCGAAAAGAUUCCAAAUGGUGUCGACUACUUGUUUGCCAUUAACAAGCAGGACUUGUUCGAUUCACGUCCAGUAUUCAAGGUGAAAAAGAUGCUUGAAGAAGAGUUGGAGAAAUUAAUCAAGAGUGAAUUAGGUGCCAAAGGUUCGGCAAGAGGCGGAAGUGGAAUCGACAACGAUGAUGAUGAUGAGAAUGCGCAAGAAUUUCAAAAGGAGGAGUCAACUCGCGAUUUCUGGAAAUCUGUUGUUGGAGCCAACAGAAGCUUCCGAUUUGAGCUUUUGGAGGGAAACAUGGAAUUCAUAGGCGGUUCUGUCACUAAAGGAAAAAUAUCUAACUGGGAAAACUGGUUCGACGAGAAAGCCGUUAAUUAUGCGGGCAUGUGA